UCUUCACAAUUAUUCCUCCUACAAAAAUACAACAACCAAAACCUUUUGAGUUUUCUAAAUAGAGUUUACAUGAAUGACAUAAUAAUGACGAAUUCUGAGGAUUUAGGUGCAACUGGCGUUACCCACAAAAGCAAUUCAGAGGAUGAGAUACUUUUUUCUUCACCAUACAUGAAGAAAAUGCUGGAAGUGAUGAUGAUCCAGACCUUUGACCGCCUUCUAAAGCCAGCCUUGGAAAAAAUGAUUCGUAAUGUUGUAAAACACGAACUUGAAUUGGCCGAGAAGAAGUUUUUGUUCACCAAGGGAAACCCUGGAAAAGAUAUUCAAGCUCCUAAACCAAGAAACUUGAAGUUGAAAUUCUUGACAAAUGUAUCUGUUCCUGUACUUACCGGAGUGGAAAUUAAAGGUGAAGGAGGUAAUGCUAUUGAAUUGGCCUUAGUUGAUGACAACACUGGAGAAAUUGUUGACUCUGGACCCGAAGCCUCAGCUAAAGUUGAAAUAGUUGUUCUUAGGGGAGAAUUUGGAGACGGUGAUGGAGGUAAUUGGACAGUUGAAGAGUUCUGUAGCAAUGUCGUACGAGAGAGGGAAGGAAAAAAGUCUCUUCUAGCAGAAACUGUACAUGUGAGACUUAAUAAAGGCAUUGGUUCUGUAGAUAAAAUCAAAUUUACACAUUCUUCAAUCUAUAUGAAGACAGGGAUGUUCAGGCUAGGUGCACGAAUUGUUGACACGUUCAAUAGCAUUCAAGUAAAAGAAGCAAGGACUGAAUCUUUCACUGUCAAGGAUGGGCGCCAGCUAUAUUCUGAGAAGCAUGAUCCACCAUCUCUAUCCGAUGGGGUACAGCGGUUAAAAAACAUAGGUAGAGGCAGUAAGCAUCGCCUCUGGGAUGAAAAUGUCCGAACUGUAGAGGACUUUCUGAUUUUUCUCCUAAAAGACCGUGAGCGACUCAAAUGUGUACUUAAUCUAAAGCCAAAGAUGUUGGAGGAGACAAUUAGUCAUGCUCGAAGAUGCAUAACUAAUGAACGGAUAUACUCUUAUAUUGACUUACAAGAAAAGGAGGGUGUGGCUUUUAACAUCGUUGGAGAGGUGCAGGGACUUAUUGUAGGGGUCAAAUGUCUACCUAUGCAUCUAUUAUCUGAAAGUGAUAAGGCUAAUGCUCAGAGGCUGCUGGUAUCUGCAUGUGAAAAUUGGGAUCAUGUGGUACAUGUUGAUAAUGAGACAUCUUUUAUGCAAUAUCUUUCUCAAAUAUUGCCAACCAAGAGUCCUUCGAAUUCUCCAAGCCGAGAGAUUCCUAGCACGAGUAAGAGCAUUGAGAAUUUUAGAACAAGUGAUGGACACUGUUCUACCUCUUUUCAGCACAAUGUUUCAUCCGUCAUUCCUGCCAGAGAUGCAAGUGCAAUCAGUCUGAAUGAUCCUGGUUCCGCCAGUAUUAGUAACCUGGAGUUCUCUAACUCCCCAAUAUAUAGUCCUUCAGUCCAUGAUUUUUGGAUUGAUCAAUGCAUCUUUGAAGACUUAAUUUUUGGAGUCAAUGCUCAUCAACCACAUGAUGCCUCUGCCUCUAAGGUAAAUGUGCACAACCGGUGGAAAAUGUUGCUUAAAAUCUUUAGACAGUCCUCAAUGAGAAGAAGAGCUGCAGCAUUAACGGAUAUUCAACCUCCGAAGAAGCAGAGAGUCUAUUGAUUCUAUUGCUUUAGCCUGUUAGUAAUCAGUUCGACGGCAGUUGAUAGGAUAAAUCUCAGAGCUCCUUAUCACAGACGAGGAAAGCAUAACCUUCCUUGCAGAUUCUACUUACUCGCUAUUCUUGUGUUGUAGUAGCUGGGAUUCAACGUUUGAGAAGGCGUGUUGAAAGUCUAAUAAAGUUAUUUGUUAGAAUGUCCAAAUUAUAGGUAUAUGUUCUGAAGCGUUUAGAUUCAUUGUAUAUAUCGUGGUUAAUAUAUAGUAUAGUAUUGAUGAUCAUCUCCUAAUUUGGAGUCGCAUUAGUUACGAGUGUUGUUUCAUGAAAUCUAAAUUCCUGAGUGUAUAAGUAGGCCUUCUUUUUUUAAAAAUAACUUAUUCACCAUUUAAUUCAAUAAGAGGUUUCUCUAUGUUUUUCUCUUUUACAAUAAGUUUCUUGCAACUGUAGCCAACAUGAAAGGGGGUUGAAAUAGUACUUGGUGAGGCAAGAUUUUGUGUUUA